UUCAUCCUUCUCUACAUGGGCCUUCAUCCUUCUCGGUGGCUUUAUCCUUGGACCUUUAGACUCUAUUUGACAUGUUUCAUGAUUCUCAUCACCUUAGCCUAUUCCCCUGUGUGAAGUUUUGUUGUAACAAGUGCGACCGCGUCAUGUCGAGGAUAUGCGUGAAGAAUCUCCCAAAAGAUGUUGGAGAGGACGAACUGCGGGAAUUCUUUUCCGGGAAAGGAGGAAUAAUCACCGAUGUCAAGCUUAUGCGUACCAAAGAUGGUAAGAGUCGCCAAUUUGCGUUUAUCGGAUAUCGUACUGAAGAUGAAGCUCAGGAAGCCAUUCGAUAUUUCAAUAAAAAUUUCCUUCGGACAUCUAGAAUUAUUUGUGAGGUGGCUCGAAAGCAUGGGGAUGCAAAUCUUCCUCGUCCGUGGAGUCGACAUUCGAAGAAGGAAGACGAUAAAGUGACUGCCCCGGAUUUGGAGAAACCUUCUAGAGCUAAGGGACAAGGAGAAAAUUCGAAGGGUGGUGUUGGUGAUGAUGUUGAUGACCCACAGCUUCAGGAUUUUCUUCAGGUCAUGCAGCCUCGGGUUAAGUCUAAAAUGUGGGCGAAUGAUACGUCGAUUGUGACCAAUGUUGGCAACAAACAAGCAAUGCCAAAUAAGGAUAAUGAUGGGGCAUCGGUUGCAAGUGAUCAGAGUGGCUCAUUCGAAGAUGGUUUUCUGGAGGAUUCUGAACCCAACAAGUCACAUGAGCCUGAACGUGAUGAAGUCAUUUCUGAUAUGGACUAUUUCAAGAGUAGGGUGACCAAAGAGUGGUCUGAUUCUGAAAGUAGUGACGAUGAAGAUGAUGAUGAUGACAAUGAUUCCUCAUGUAUUGACAAUGAUAGAGAUGAUCAUAGUGAUGCUGGUGAAGAUGACGAGAAUUGUGAUCCAAGAAAUGGUGUUCAAGAGGUAGACCUAGAGGGUAAAGAAGAUACUAGUGGAGAGGAUGUUACCCAUGGAAAGACUCAAGUUAAUGUCACUGAGCAAGGGGGGCAAUUAUCAAAAUCAGAAGACAAUAAAGGAGUUUUUGAUUCCUGUCGGUUGUUUGUCCGUAAUCUGCCAUAUAUGACCACUGAGGAGGAACUGGAAGAACAUUUCAGUCGCUUUGGAAGUGUCUCACAGGUUCAUUUAGUUGUUGAUAAAGAUACAAAACGAUCCAAAGGAAUAGCAUAUAUUCUUUAUACAGCUCCAGAUAUAGCAGCCAGGGCUCAAGAAGAGUUAGACAAUUCAAUCUUUCAAGGAAGAUUAUUGCAUGUAAUGCAAGCUUUACAAAGACAUUCAGAUAAUCAAGAGAACAAUGUUUUGAAGGACCAAAGAUCUAAAACCCUCAAACAACAGAGAGAGGAAAAACGGAAAGCUGAUGAAGCUAGUGGAGAUACUAGAGCAUGGAAUAGUCUGUUCAUGCGUCCUGAUACAGUUGUGGAAAACAUCGCUCGGAAAUAUGGUGUCAAUAAAGGUGAUUUACUUGACCGAGAAGCUGAUGAUCUUGCUGUACGUAUCGCUCUGGGAGAGACUCAAGUGAUUUCAGAGACAAAAAAGGCAUUUAAAAAUGCUGGAGUGAAUGUGGAGGCUUUGGAGGAACUUGCUAAUAAUAAAACAGAUGGAUUAAAAAGAAGUAAUCAUGUGCUUUUAGUUAAGAACUUGCCAUAUGGUUCUACAGAAAAUGAACUUGCAAAGAUGUUUGGGAAAUUUGGUAGUUUGGAUAAAAUAAUUCUCCCUCCAACAAAGACAUUGGCACUGGUUGUUUUCCUCGAACCAGCGGAAGCUCGAGCAGCUUUUAGAGGUUUAGCUUACAAGCGUUACAAAGAUGCUCCAUUAUACUUGGAGUGGGCUCCUUCCAAUAUUCUUAGCCAAUGUUCAACUUCUAAAAAUAAUGCAAUGAAUAGUGUAAUUGGUGAAAAUGAUGCCAAGAGGCAGAUGUUGGAGCAACAGGUGGAAAGAAUAACAGAUGUGGAUAUUGACCCAGACAGAGUACAGGCUCGGUCCCUGUUUGUCAAGAAUCUAAAUUUCAAGACUAUAGAUGAAAGUCUAAGGAAACAUUUUAGUGAACACAUGAAAGAGGGAAGAAUUUUGAGUGUCAAGGUGAAGAAGCAUCUGAAAAAUGGGAAAAAUGUUUCUAUGGGGUUUGGAUUUGUUGAGUUUGACUCCCCUGAAACUGCUACAAAUGUUUGCAGAGAUUUACAGGGGACUGUUUUGGACAGCCAUGCUCUAAUUUUACAACCUUGUCAUGUCAAGAAUGAUGGGCAAAAACAAAAGAAAAUUGAUAAGGAUAGGAGUUCAACAAAAUUGCACAUAAAAAAUGUUGCUUUUGAGGCAACAGAGAAGGACCUGAGACGAUUGUUUAGCCCAUUUGGCCAGAUUAAAAGCUUAAGGUUGCCAAUGAAGUUUGGAAGCCAUAGAGGCUUUGCUUUUGUAGAGUAUGUUACUCAGCAGGAGGCAAAAAAUGCCCGCGAGGCACUUGCAAGCACCCAUCUCUAUGGGAGGCACCUGUUGAUAGAGCACGCAAAAGAAGAUGAGACUUUGGAAGAACUGCGGGCUAAAACAGCUGCCCAAUUUAGUGAUGAACAGAAUGGAUUUCAAAGUGCUAUGAAAUUAUCCAAAAAAAGGAAUCAAGUUGAUAUCUUGGAUGAAGGGAAUAUGAAGUUUGGAAGAAUGGCUGACUAGUACGGCUCCAAAGAUUUAAACAGUUUUGUGCAUGUCUUGAAAAUUCAGAGAUCACAAUUUUGCCAUAGGUUGUAAGAAUAUAUAAACAUUCUAUGAUACAUCUUUUGAUCUUUAAGUGUUAAAAUAACUUCAAGUUUAGGUUUCUAUUCUUUAUCCAUAA